GUGUGUGUGUGUGUAGGAUAAGCACUGUCUCUUAUACACAUCUAAAAAAAAAAAAUAGCGGUUGAUGAGGGAGAUAAGCGGCGGAGGAGCAGCGGGGGAGGGUGGGAUAAGUGGUGCGGAGGAGGGGAGAAGUGGCGGAAAAGGAGGGGAGAAGCGGCGGAAGAAGGGGGAGGAAGAAGCGCAGGAGGAGGACAGAGCAGCGGGCGGAGUUUGGAGGAGGUCAGAGGAGCGGGCGGGGAAGGGCAGAGAAGGCGCGGGGAAGGGCAGGGAAGAGGGCGGGGAGAGUGGGGCAGAAGUGGGUGGAGGAGCGGGGCGGAAGCGGGUGGAGGAGCGGUUGAGGACGGGCGGAGGUCUGAGGAGCGGGCGGGGACGGGUGGAGAAGGCGCGGGGACGGGCGGGGAAGAGGGCGGGAAGAGCGGGGAGUAAGCGGGCAGAGGAGCGGGUGAGGAUGGACAGAGCGUGCACGGAGGGCGGAAGACGGAGGUGCAGAGGUGCACGGGGAAGAGUUCGGCGGAGCGGGCCGCACACGGGGCAGAGGGCAAACCACGCGCGGAGGGUGGAGGGUGAACCACACGGGGAGGGCAGUGGGUGGAAGGCGGGCAGAGUGGGGAAGGGCGGAGAAGAAGGCGGGAAGAGCGUGGAGCGCGCGCUGAGGAGGAGGGGAGAUGCUGCGGAGUGGAAAGCGGGCCAGAGCGUGUGGUGGAGGAGGGGAAAAGAAGUGCUUGUUAAAAAAACAAGUGGACACGCCGCAGCAAAGCUGCGGCACAGAAGAGGGGCCCGACGAGAGGCAGAGGCCGUAGGCCGGAGGAGCGGGAGAAGGGCGGGGAAGGAAGCGCGGGAAGAGGGCGGAGAAGGAGCGGUGGAAGAGGGCGGAAGGCGGAUGAGGGGGGGCGGUCUGACGGAUAAGGAGCAUGGCAGCGGGCGGAAGAAGCGCGGGAACAGGGCGGAGGAGCGGGGGCGAAUGGGUGGAGAAGGAGCCGGGAAGCACGGACGGAAGGGCGCGGAAGGGGGCGGCCAGCGGUCCUCGGAGUGGGGGGCAGUGCGCGGGCGAAGGGCAGAUCGCGCGCGGAAGAGCAUGGGCGGAGAGCGGAGGGCAGAGGAGUGCAGAAGGGGGUGGGGGGCAGCGCACUGCGGAGGAGCGCUGAAGCGGGCAAGGACGGGCGGGAAGACGGCAGGAAGAGGGCAGUGUAGCGCGGUGACGGCGGAAGAGAAUGUGCAGAGGAGGCGCAGAGGAAGGCUGGAGGAGUGGCGGAGCAGUGGAGCAGCAGCAGAAGAAGCGUGGAGGAUUAGCGGAGGAGCUGCUGGGGCGCCGGCCAGAGGGCGCACACGGGCGCUAUCAGUGGAGGCGGUGGCGCUGCUGGGAGGCAGCGAGCGAGGCAGCCAUAGCUGGACUUGCCUCUCUAUUGCUAAUGUGGGUGAUGGUGGUCUUCGGGUAGGAGGCGCACAAUGUGGGGGAGAAGGAAAUGAGGGGAGCGAUAGAAGGGACACGUACCUGAUGUGUUUGUGGCAGUCUGCAUUGGAGACUUCUUCAUGUGCAUCGGUCUUCAACUAGAAGUGUUCCUGGCUUUGUCACUUAGAUGUAGGCUAGUAUAGGUGCUGAGUAGGAUAGGCUGGGCGUUGAGCGCCAAAGAAGAGGAGCGACAUUGGAUACAUUGUUGGUGGUGGUGAGAAGGGGGCUGUCAUUGACAUUUGAAUCCAUUGCAUUGCUCUUAUUUGGCUUGUUACUCGGUGCUUGUUGCUUUCCGCUUGGUACACGACUAUCUGGUCUUCAAUGUGACGUUGCGAUUUGGUUUUCUGUCUAUUGCUCUCGCUCAUGUUCCUUGUACCUGGUCCUCCAACAUUCAUGGGACCUUUCCCUUUCUUGCCAUCAUCUCCAUCAUCGCCACCGUCUCCACCCCUGUCACCGCCACCUACCUUAAGUGGCGGCUGCCGGCCGUACCCAGCACACCCGGGGAUAGCUGAGGGCAAACCUUGGGAACAAAUGGGUAUAGACGAG